AGAGAGAGCGAGAGAGAUGCGCAGGAGGAGGGACAGAAUGUCACCGAGGAGCGGAUUCAGGAGUUCCGCAGGAGGACAGAGUUCCAGGCCCGAGUCAGGACGCGGGAGGGGGAUGGAAGUCGGAAGGAGGAGGAGAAGUGAAUGUCGACGAGAUGCGCGACAGAAAUCGACGGGAGUUCCAGCGAGGAGUGAGCGGGGCGAGGUCGAUGUCCGAACCGAGGAUGGUCGGUCAGCGAGAAGGCGGAAGUCCGCCUCGUCGAGCCAUGUGACCGGGACAGCAGGGCAAGACGGAAUGGAACAGUGGAGCGAGAGCGUUCAUGUGACGAGAGGGCUGCGCUCGAUGGCGCGGGCGGACGGUUGGCGGGGGGAGGCCGAAAAUAGGCCGAGCGCACCUAAACGUUGCAGAGCGGAGCGUGGGCGAUAAAGGCGAUAAAGGCGAGCGGGACGAAAAUAAGAAUGUGCGAAUGGGGGCGAGGUCGCGACGACAUCUCGGAGGGCGCGGCCAUAAAGGAGAAGGCGACAGGUCGACGGAGGGCUAACCCUGGUUCGAGGUCAGGUGUUGGGCGAGCGCGGAAUAUAUUAUUUUAGCAGGAAAUGGUGCAAAUGGGCGAUUCGCUCAUACUCUUGCUGCGGAUCGUCAACGCGAGGUACUGGUUUUGUUGCGGUGCGGGUGGACACUUUGGUGCACGAUUGCGGGAAGGCCUCGGUGGGGAUUGGGCCCACGGUGCAUACGGCCUGCCGAGAGGGAGAAGGGGGUCAAUGGCGAGCUCGGGGGGAGAUUGUUUUGCGAGGUACCAGCGAGGACGAGCACGCUCGGGGUGCCAAGCGGUGGAAGCAGCAAACCUGCUUCUGGAUUGGAACUGCUGGUGCUCGCGGGGCAGCCAGAGCUCGUCGCACCCGGAUGCAGACGCAGAAGCAGGAGGAGGAGGGCGAAGAAGAGCGACAUCGGCAACAUCAAACCCGUCACCAUCUCCAUCUCCAUCUCCAUCUCCAUCAACAGCAUCAUCAUCAUAAUUAACAUCACCACCACCUCUACCACCACCACACCUCCACCACCAUCUUCAUCAGCAGCAGCAGCAUCGUCUCCGAGGCUGUUUGAUUGGAAUGCGCGGUGCAAGUUAGCGAGGGUGAGCUCGGUGCACCACGAGGCAGAGCAAACUCGGUGCACCAAAGGGUAGAAGCAGAGCAAUAAGCAGACUGGAGUAGCAUCGAUUUGCGCAGAAGGACAGCGGCCAUGGCCCCAGGGGGCUUGCUGCAUGUGACCGUAGUCUCUGCGAAUCUGCUUAAUGCUACAGAUGGUGGAUCCGAUAGUGCUACAGACGACGCGUAUGCAUCUGUCGUGUGUGGCAGUCAUCAGUUCAACACAAACACUGUCACAAACCAUGAAACGCGUCCUUCUUGGAACGAAAGCCACACCUUUCAGUUCGAGGAGUAUAACGAGCUGGAAGCCCAGCAUAUUCUUGUAGAAAUAUUUGCGGAGAAGCCGAGGCUGGAUGAACUUCUCGGUCUGGCCAAGAUACCUCUAUCGAAGGUUAUAGCAUCUGGCGACGAGACAUCGGUGCAUUCUUUGAAUCGGCCUGAUGACGUCUACAGUGGCCAUGUAAAAGUUUCAAUGAAAUGGGACUCUAAACAAUUAAAAGUGACAGCUGCAAAGUCAGCUUAUCCCGAAGCGUUUGUGCCGUGUGCCCGUUAUGACCCAAAUGCUUCGACAGCGAAGCCUCCUUCGUUAGUUGUUGAUGAGCAGGCUAGAAGAGGCACCUAUGGUGAUAUGUCACAGCAGCAAGAUGAAGAUGGAGCACAAGAUACACCAGAGAGGAGAGCCCAUCAGAGGUCAUCAUCAUAUCCUUCUCGUGCUUAUAACUUCUCAUCUGGGUAUUCCCCUGCUGCUUCUCCUUCUAACUCCAAUCGGGGCCAUCAACCUAAAGGGUCUUACGAUGGUAGUUAUGCCCCAGCUUCACAGGGUUAUCCACCACGAUCUCCAGGACAUCCACUCAAUAAUUCAUCACAAUCACUAGGGCAGCAGCCCCCAAUCUCACCAGGCUCGCAUCACAAUGGGUAUCCCCCGCACUCACCAGGUUCAAACGGGUACUCUUCAAAUGGCCAUCCUGUAGAACCACAGCAGUCGCCUCGUGAGCCCGGACCCGUCGGUGCUGGACAAAAUGGUCGCGGAUCAGCUCCUCAUGUACCAUACGUAGCAAAUCAAGGACAACAGACGGGGGUCAUAGGUGGACAUGUUCCUUAUCAAAAGCGGGGAGCUGGCGAAGCUGAUCCCGCUAGUUUAGAUCCGAAACUGCCGGAUGAUUUACCCACUUCGAAGAUGUCGAAGUCCAGGCAAGCAGAAAUGGCGAAGUUGGCUGAGCUGUCCAGAUUAACUGAAUCAGCUAAGAACCUGUCAACAGGUUUUGCCCAACCUCAGCAUGGUCGAGAGCCCCAGCAGGUCCCUGCGCCCAGGGCAAGGAAUGAUACGAUUCCACCCCAGCAGCAACAGAUCCAGGCCACACCUAGACCAAGGAACGACGUUCUACCAUCUCAGCAGCAGCAGCUCCAGGGUUCGACGAAGGCCAGGAAUGAUAUAAUUCCAUCUCAGCAGCACCAGCAGGUUCCAAACUCUUCCAAGGCGAGGAGCGACAUGGUUCUAACCCAGCAACAGCAGCUUCAAAUUUCCUCCAAAGCCAGGAAUGAGAUCGUACCUUCUCAGCAUCAGCAGCCCCAUGGCGCUCCAAGACAGAAUAAUCCUAUAAUCUCUCAGCAGCAGCAGUUUCAAAGUACGUCAAGGCCGAAUAAUCACGUCAUUCCAUCUCAGCAACAGCAGCUCCAUGCUUCCGCAAGGCCGAGACACGAGGCGGCUGCUACUCCUCAGGUUGCCCAGGCUACCCCUCCGAGGAGCAUUACAGUCUUCCAGGGUCCUGUGUAUGACGGAGUUCAGCAAAAGUCGCAGAAUGAGGCACAAAACCCGCGUGUUCAACAACGGACCACGUAUGGAUUACCCCAGCAGAUGGUGCAUACUCCUCUGAGGGAACAGCAUGAAUCUCAUGAUCGUAAUGGAAACGGGGUACAGCAAGAGACUUCAUCAAAUCACUUGCAAAUAGUUGCCCACAGACCAGAGGCCGACAAGAAGCCACCUCACAAGCUAGAUAAGGCUGCGAGGAAGGCAGAGAAGGAAGCUCAAAAAGCAGCAAAAGGCAAGGAAGGGCAAAAAGGGGAGAAGCCUGAGCGAGAGAGUCAUGUUAGUCACAUUCGUCAGACUUUGAAGAUGCUUAGGAAAACUUCAAAGAUUUUCAGAUAGUUGACAUGAUUGAGAGUCUUACAAAAUCAUUCUUUAUCAAGCAGCAGAUUUGCUCUGUAUUUGAAUGUUGGUGUGCACAACAUCGAAAGUAGACCUGCCUAUCGGAAGCGACCCUUCAGUUCCUCCUACCUGGGAAUAUCGUCAUACAGCGCACAUUUGUCGAAAAGUGGGAAGUGCAGACAAAAGCAAGGUUUAUCGUGUUAUGGACCUACGACCAUCAGAAGCGUGGACCAUGCAUAAGAACGUUUUAGGCAGGAGUAUACUUGAUUUUUUCAGGGACACAGCGAGAAAGACUUGCACAGACCAUGUACCACACAUCAUCCUUUUUUUUGUUUUUUUUCUUUGUUUCUGAGAGAGGAGUGUCCGUACCAAAGGAAAAAGAGAUUAGACCAGCCGAUUGUUCGUCCCUUCCCAGUAGUGCGUGGAUGGAGCAGUGUGUGACUUGUGACUAUGAAAAAUGUCAUAUCGAAGUCCAAAGUAAAAACUAAGCUUGCUGUCAUGUAUAUAUAAAUUUAUGCAAAACUUCUACGCUCUCAAGUCCACUGAAACUGUCGCUCUUCCAAAUGUGCGUCCGUGUUCUCAGACAUGUUUCUCCCUCCCCCUACAUCUUUUCUCAGUCUCU